AGUAUAAAUGAAGUGGCUAGGACUAAGGAGCCGACGAAAGGAAAGGAAAGGAAAGGCAAGGCCUUUGGUGUUGGUGAAUGCCAUUGCCAUCCAUGGUUUCUCUCCUCUCCGACGCCGAGAGGAGCAGAGCACAGCAGAAUCCUCCAAGCAACAACAGAUCAGUUUCCUUCUUGCUCUUCUUCUUCCAUUAAUUCCAUCGUCUCCUCCACCGCCGCCACAAGAAAGAGGCCGGCAGCCUUUGCUGAGCUGAUCGAGCGAGUUGGUGAUGAUGAUCAUCAAGAGCAGCAGCCUCCCCUCCUUGUAACCGCCACCCACCCUUCCGUUCUUCCGCGCACCAACCGCUUUCCAACCACCCCACCACCACCAGAGGACACAUAGAUUCAGAGAUGAAGCUCGCCGUCGAGAUCUCCGACGCCGCCGAGCUCGCCCCCAAGGACGGCGCCGGCUCCUGCAACCCCUUCGUCGAGGUCGAAUUCGACGACCAGCGCCAGCGCACCGCCACCAAGCCUGCCGACCGCUCCCCUUACUGGAACCAGACGCUCGUCUUCGACGUCCGCGACCCCGCCCGCCUCCCCUCCCUCCCCAUCGACGUCUCCGUCCUCCACGACCGACGCCUCCACGACCACAACGCCCUCCGCCCCCACACCUUCCUCGGCCUCGUCCGCAUCAACGCCGCCGCCGUCGCGCCCUCCCCCGCCGAGGCCGUCCUCCAGAGAUACCCUCUCGAGAAGCGCGGGCUCUUCUCCCGCGUUUCCGGCGACAUCGCCCUCAGGCUCUAUCUCACCCAAGAUUCGAAUGACGACCGCGGUCCAUCUUCUUCUCCCGCCGUCGACACCAACGUUCCGGUCCAGCCACCCAACCAGCAGCAGGACGGAGCAGGCGGAGACCCCGAAAGGAUCGUCAGGUCCGCCUUCGCCGCCGCGGUGGCGGCAGCCGGCGGUCAGGCAGAGCAGGCUGCUUCCGCUUUCGCAGAAUCCAAGGGGAAGAGCAGCCACGACCACGAGCCGCCUCGCGUCUUCCGCUCCGUGCCGGCCUCAGGAGGAGGAGCCGACCAACAAUCACAGCCGAGGAGGGCUACGCUUCACGCCGUGGCCGCGCCACCUCCGCCGCCCGGGCAGACGGUGGUCAUGCCGCGCCCCGCCGGCCCUGCCCCGGGGGGCCCGCCGCCUCCUGGCGGGGCGUACGGGUUGGUGGAGACGAAGCCGCCGCUGCCGGCCAAGAUGGGCCCGCGCGCGGCGGCGGCGAAGAUCGCGUCGACGUACGACAUGGUGGAGCCCAUGUCGUACCUGUACGUGAGCGUGGUCAAGGCGCGCGACCUGCCGACCAUGGACGUGACGGGCGCGCUGGACCCGUACGUGGAGGUGAAGCUGGGCAACUUCAAGGGCAUCACCAAGCACCUGGAGAAGAACCCCAACCCAGUUUGGCGGCAGACCUUCGCCUUCUCCCGCGAGCACCUUCAGUCCAACCAGCUCGAGAUCGUCGUCAAGGACAAGGACGUGCUCAAGGACGACUUCGUCGGCCGCGUCGUCUUCGACAUGUCCGACAUCCCGCACCGCGUCCCGCCCGACAGCCCGCUCGCGCCGCAGUGGUACCGCCUCGCUGACCGAAGCGGCGACAAGCUGCGCCACGGCGAGAUCAUGCUCGCCGUCUGGAUCGGCACGCAGGCCGACGAGGCGUUCCCGGAGGCCUGGCACUCGGACGCGCACUCCCUGCCAUUCGAGGGCCUCAACAACACGCGCUCCAAGGUCUACUACUCGCCCAAGCUCGCCUACCUCAAGGUGGUCGCCAUCGCCGCGCAGGACCUCGUCCCCGCCGAGAAGGGCCGCCCGCUUGCGCCCACCAUCGCCAAGAUCCAGCUGGGAGGGCAGAUCCGUCGCACGCGCCCCGGGCAGCCGCAGGGGUCGGCCAACCCGGUGUGGAACGAGGAGUUCAUGUUCGUGGCCGGGGAGCCGUUCGACGAGCCACUGGUGGUGACGGUGGAGGAGCGCGUGGCGCCGGGGCGCGACGAGCCGGUGGGCCGCGUGAUCAUCCCCGUGGCCGCGCCCUACGUGCCCCGCAACGACCUCGCCAAGUCCGUGGAGGCCAAGUGGCUCAACCUGUCGCGCGCGCUGACGGUGGACGAGGCGGCGGCGGGCGCCAACAGGGACAAGACGUUCGCGAGCAAGAUCCACCUGCGGCUGAGCCUGGAGACGGCGUACCACGUGCUGGACGAGUCGACGCACUACAGCAGCGACCUGCAGCCGUCGGCAAAGAAGCUGCGCAAGGGGUCCAUCGGCAUCCUGGAGAUGGGCAUCCUGAGCGCGCGCAACCUGGUGCCGAUGAAGGCGAGGCAGGGGCGGCUGACGGACCCCUACUGCGUGGCCAAGUACGGCGCCAAGUGGGUGCGCACGCGCACGCUGCUCAACACGCUCGCGCCGCAGUGGAACGAGCAGCACACGUGGGAGGUGUUCGACCCCUGCACCGUGAUCACCGUCGCCGUGUUCGACAACGGCCAUGUGUUGGGCGGCCAUGGCGACGCCAAGGACCAGAGGAUCGGCAAGGUGCGCAUCCGGCUGUCGACGCUGGAGAUCGACCGCGUGUACACGCACUACUACCCGCUGAUGGCGUUGAGCCCGUCGGGGUUGAAGAAGACAGGCGAGCUGCACCUGGCCGUGCGCUUCACCUGCACGGCGUGGGCCAACAUGCUGGCCAUGUACGGCAGGCCGCUGCUCCCGAAGAUGCACUACACGAACCCCAUCUCCGUGCUGCAGCUGGACUACCUCCGGUUCCAGGCCAUGCAAAUGGUGGCGACGCGGCUGGGGCGCGCAGAGCCGCCGCUGCGGCGUGAGGUGGUGGAGUACAUGCUGGACGUGGACUCGCACAUGUUCAGCCUGCGGCGGAGCAAGGCCAACUUCAAACGGAUCACGUCACUGUUCUCGAGCGCAGUGGCCAUGGGAAAGUGGAUGGACGGCAUCUGCAAGUGGAAGAAUCCGCUGACGACGAUCCUGGUGCACGUGCUGUUCCUGAUCCUGGUGUGCUACCCGGAGCUGAUCCUGCCGACGGUGUUCCUGUACCUGUUCAUGAUCGGGGUGUGGAACUACCGGCGGCGGCCCCGCAAGCCGCCGCACAUGGACACGGUGCUGUCGCACGCGGAGCUGGCGCACCCGGACGAACUGGACGAGGAGUUCGACACGUUCCCGACGAGCAAGCCGGGGGACAUUGUGCGGAUGAGGUACGACCGGCUGCGCAGCGUAGCCGGGCGCGUGCAGACGGUGGUGGGCGACCUGGCGACGCAGGGGGAGCGCGCGCAGUCGCUGCUGAGCUGGCGUGACCCCCGGGCAACGGCCAUCUUCAUCGCGCUGUCGCUCAUCGUGGCGGUGGUGCUGUACGUGACGCCGUUCCAGGUGGUGGCCGUGGUGGUGGGGCUGUACCUGCUCCGGCACCCGCGGUUCCGGAGCAAGCAGCCGUCGGUGCCGUUCAACUUCUACAGGAGGCUGCCGGCCAAGUCAGACAUGAUGCUAUGACGACCGAGGCUCAUAGGCAGCAGCAGAAGCAUGCAUUUUCUUUCUUCCGCCUUCCGCGCCAAAUUCCAACAGGUAGAUUGUAUUGCAAGUACAGGCAGCAUGUUGUCUUCUCCUUCAAUUCAUUUGGUAAUCACGUACAUACGUUGCAAAUCCAUUUGCAACAACUAGAUUGAUUGCAAAGGACUGGAGAGCUUUUGUUUUCUUUUGUGUCAGAAGAGAAGAUGAGAUACUGUGGACAUUCAGAAGCGAAGGUUCCUGUAUCUGUCUGCCUCUCUCUCAACAUUCAGAAGCGGCAGAAAAAGGGGUGGGUGUGGGUGUGCAGGUAUAUUCUUGUGUUUGGCCUGUGUGCCAUGUGAUGUCGUAAAGCAAGACUUGUUCUUUCUUUAUUUGUGGUCUCCUUUUGUUUUUGUUUUCUGGAUACAUGCGUACAUACAUGUAACAAGCAGAAUAGUGUCUCUCUC